GUGAACUGCAGAUCAUGAGGAAAUUGGACCACUGCAACAUAGUCCGCCUCCGCUACUUCUUCUACUCCAGUGGAGACAAGAAGGAUGAAGUCUACCUGAAUCUGGUCCUAGACUAUGUUCCGGAGACGGUGUACAGAGUGGCCAGACACUACAGCCGAGCCAAACAGACCCUGCCCAUGGUUUAUGUCAAGUUGUACAUGUACCAGUUGUUUAGGAGCCUGGCCUACAUCCACUCGUUUGGGAUCUGCCACCGGGACAUCAAACCCCAGAAUCUGCUGCUUGACCCUGAGACUGCUGUUCUAAAACUCUGUGACUUUGGCAGUGCCAAGCAGCUGGUCCGUGGAGAACCCAACGUGUCCUACAUCUGCUCUCGCUAUUACCGAGCGCCUGAGCUCAUCUUUGGAGCCACUGACUACACUUCAAGCAUAGAUGUCUGGUCAGCUGGAUGCGUGCUGGCGGAGCUGUUGCUAGGACAACCGAUCUUUCCUGGUGACAGUGGUGUGGAUCAGUUGGUUGAAAUUAUAAAGGUUCUGGGUACUCCGACUCGAGAGCAGAUCCGUGAAAUGAACCCCAACUACACUGAGUUCAAGUUCCCCCAGAUCAAGGCACAUCCUUGGACUAAGGUGGGUCAAAAAGUGUUUCGGCCGCGUACUCCCCCGGAGGCCAUCGCCCUGUGCUCGCGCCUGCUCGAGUACACGCCCACCGCCCGCCUCACGCCGCUCGAGGCCUGUGCUCACUCUUUCUUUGACGAGCUGCGUGACCCCAACGUCAAACUGCCCAACGGGAGAGAGAAGCCUUCCCUCUUCAAUUUUACCACUCAAGAGUUGUCCAGUAAUCCCUCAUUGGCCUCCAUACUCAUCCCUGCUCACGCCCGCAGUCAGGCUGCAGCCUCCACUCCCACCAAUGCCUCUGCUACCACAGAUGGUAGCAACACAGAGCGAGGACCCACUACCACUACGGCCUCCGCCUCAGCCUCUAAUGCCACCUCCUGAGCCCUGGUGCAGCGCCGUGGGCCUCUCCUUUGCCCACAGGCCUCUCCUUUGCCCCAGGCCUCUUCUUUGCCCCAGGCCAGGGGGGCAACAGUAGCCCAACCUUGCUGAGACAGUUCCGGGGUCAGCAGCUAGCCACAGCCCCCGUGCCACAGCCACAAACCAAACAAAGCCCCUCUUACUCAUCCAGACUCUUCAUCGCCCCAUCAGUCUCUGUGCCCUGUCAGUGGAAAGCCAUGUGCCAGAGAUAUAAUGUAAUCACAAUGCUAGCCUGCUAAUGUUCUUAAGAGGACAAUCUAUAGAAAAAAGCUCUAAAUCUUUGGCCCGCUCUUACAGUGUUGAAUUUUUAUGCAUCCUCUGCCCCCCACCCCAGUCCCCUGGCCACCCCUUCCCCCUCGGUUCCCCUGUAGUGCAUGGCCUGAAUACAGUUAGGACCACUCACUCUCCACCUCCAGUUUCUGCAGACACAGGCAUGAGGCACGCGUUUUCACACCCAUCCCAACAGUCAGUCCCCGGAUGCAUGACAAGCUGAUGUUUGAGAGACGCAAGCAGGGGUCACAUUUGGACAGGUUACUUCUUUUCUGUUUUGCCUGGGGUUGUUUUUAAUGGUCGGCAAAUUGUUUUUAUUUUAUUAUAUUUUCUAUUACCCAGGCGGUCGGAUUGCUAUGGAUGUGACUUUUAUCUGGUCCUGUGUGCUUGUAUAUUCUAUACAUACAAUACAAAAACAUGCAUACAUACACAGUUUAUAUAUUACUUUUCCUUAUGUAAAAAAGGUAUAUAUAGAUAUAUGUAUAUUAACUACAAUGGUUCAGAAAUCAUUUAUGGUGAGCUCAUAUCUGGCAGAGCAGCUGCAAUAUUUGUGGCUGCUUUAAGACUAUGGAAGUAGAUUUAAAGCUAUUUAGUUUUCCUUCUUUUGCUGGAGUGCACUUAAUUCCAGCACUAUUUUUUCUCUGUAAACUCUAGAUGGUUUUAGGGCACUGCUCUAUGUCCCCUCUGUGUACUGACUCUUAAGUGUUUCUAUAGCAGCACAUCUUCACUUCUUUCUCCUGUUGUCUUUGAAUCUGUUUUUAUGUUUUUCUUGUUAUGGGAGUCUCUGACAGUUCUGUGUUUGACCAGAGCGACGCCGAGCCUAGCAUGUUGUAACCACUGACUGAACAUUACCCAAGAAGCCUUUUCUCUCCUUCCACGCACAUAGAGCCACCUGGUACAGCCUACGCUUGUUAUUUACAGAGAUACUCCCGUUGGAAACUACAAAAACAUCUGAAUUUGUAUAUACAGUAUAAAUGCUCCUCUCAAAGUCUGACUUGUUUGUUUUUUAUGUUAUUUUUCCAUGUUGUGUUUCGAAGUAUGUAUAUAUGCAGACCCAUGUACUGUUGAUGAGCAAAAACAAAGAUGACAAAGGUUAGGGAAUGAAAAAAAAGGUUUAAAAAAACAGAAUCAGAUGAUUCUGUAGAUGAUGAUGAGCUUUAUCCAGCCAUAUGUUCAAUCUUACCUGUACAGUACAGUAGGAACCGCUGUAUUAUUGUAACAAGAACUAGUCAUGUAUAGUGUAACUAUAGUUUGGAGUGCCUUUGCUUUCAUACACCUUCGCCUUGUUCACCCCAAGUCCCCACUCGUUUUGUGACUCUCCCUUUGGUGCUGUUGAAUGUCCUGGCUUCCUCAAAAACACAUCAACAAAGCACUGGUGCACCUGGUUUUGUGCUCCCCUUUCCACCUAAACUCCCUCCUUUUGUCAUUGCACAUUUAAUGUAAUAUACAGACAUUAAUAAUAAGGAAGCAGUCCUUAGUUGAAGAUGUUUAUUUUACAAGAUGUUUUAUCAUGGACAUAUGUGCACAAACCACCAUGAAGUGGCCAACUUGGUGGGUAUUGUUUUUUUCCAAUGGCAACAGGGGUCUUUAAAGGCCUCAUUUACUGUAUAUAAUUUACAGUAGGUUAUGUAUUUCUCACAGUGUUUGUUGCGUUACCAAAGCCAAACUAUGACAUAGAUGUGAUGAGCCAUCCUCAGAGGCAAUAAUGUAUUCUGUUGUUUCUUGUUGUUCCUUCUGUGUCACAUAUGUUUGGGGGGAUUCAGUAGCACCUAAAGGGGUCAGAGUCAUGUAGCCUUUCUCCCAUUAAAACUGCUUGCUGUAAUUUUUGCAUUCAUGACACGUGUUACUAUCCUCCACCAAAAAGUCUGAUCACUUCUCUUUUGGCUCUAUUAAUAAUUGCCACAGUGGUUACCAAAAAAUAAAUACAAGGACAUAAGCUGGUGACAUAUGCCUGUCAAAAUGGAGCAUAUGUGUAACCUGCUGACUGGGUUUAUCUAAGAUUAGAUAAAAGAAAAACAGAAAAAGAUACAACUAUCUUGUAUAACAGUAAUACUACUUGAAUGCCUCUGUUUGUGACUGAUUUUUUUUUAUUUCCUUUUUGUUUUGUUCUUUUCUUUUUGUUCUGUGAAGGUAUGCUAAAUGUGCGCCUCUGUAAAUAUUCCCUCUGCGUGCUCUGAGGAAUAGUUCCCUGGUACUGUAAUUUGCAUUAAAUAAAGAGUAGGAUAGCCUGGAAAUUA